GCCCAGUCAAGCUCAGAGGGCUGUAGAGGUGUGGCCCCCACUCGCCCCACCUGGCCAGCUGGCUGACAGCCCAGGGUCUACAGGAACGGCACUGCAGCUGCCUUCAGCAUGGAUGGUGUGAGCACAGCCAUCUUGCUUCUCCUCCUGGCUGUCAUCUCUCUGUCCCUGACCUUCACCUCAUGGGGCAAGGGCCAGCUGCCUCCAGGACCUAAACCUCUCCCCAUCCUGGGAAACCUGCUGCAGCUUCGCUCCCAAGACUUGUUGACCUCACUCACCAAGCUCAGUAAGAAGUAUGGGUCCGUGUACACGGUGUACCUGGGGCCUAGGCGAGUGGUGGUCCUCAGUGGAUACCAAACUGUGAAGGAGGCUCUUGUGGACAAAGGGGAGGAGUUCAGUGGCCGCGGCUCAUACCCGGUCUUCUUCAACUUCACUAAGGGUGAUGGCAUUGCCUUCUCCAAUGGAGAGCGCUGGAAGGCCCUCAGAAGGUUCUCGGUCCAAAUCCUGCGCAACUUUGGGAUGGGAAAAAGGAGCAUCGAGGAGCGGAUCCUGGAAGAGGGAAGCUUCCUGCUGGAGGUGCUACGGAAAACGGAAGGCAAGCCCUUUGACCCCGUGUUUAUCCUGAGCCGGUCAGUGUCCAACAUUAUCUGCUCCGUUAUCUUUGGAAGUCGAUUCGACUACGAGGACGAGCGUCUGCUCACCAUCGUCCGAUUCAUCAAUGACAACUUCCAGAUAAUGAGCAGCCCCUGGGGUGAGAUGUACAACAUCUUCCCGAGUCUCCUGGACUGGUUGCCCGGGCCCCACAGGCGCAUGUUCAGGAACUUUAGGGGCAUGAAAGAGCUCAUUGCCCGCAGCGUCCGCGAACACCAGGCCUCUCUGGAUCCCAACUCUCCCCGAGACUUCAUUGAUUGCUUCCUCACAAAGAUGGCACAGGAGAAGAAAGACCCACUGAGCCACUUCCAAAUGAAUACCCUGUUGAUGACCACACACAAUCUGCUGUUCGGUGGCACAGAGACCGUGGGCACCACGAUGCGCCAUGCCUUCCUUAUUCUCAUGAAGUAUCCCAAAGUACAAGCCCGCAUACAGGAGGAGAUUGACCGCGUGGUGGGGAGAGCCAGGAUGCCAUCACUGGACGACCGUGUGAACAUGCCUUACACAGACGCAGUGAUCCAUGAAGUACAGCGAUUUGCAGACGUCAUCCCCAUGAACCUGCCUCACCGCGUCAUUCGGGACACGCAUUUCCGCGGCUUCCUGAUACCCAAGGACACAGAUGUCAUCACGCUUCUUAACACCGUGCACUAUGACUCCGAACAAUUCAAGACGCCUCGGGAGUUCAAUCCCGAGCAUUUUCUGGAUGCCAAUCAAUCCUUCAAGAAGAGCCCUGCCUUCAUGCCAUUUUCGGCUGGACGCCGACUGUGUCUCGGGGAGCCUCUGGCGCGCAUGGAGCUCUUCAUAUACCUCACCUCCAUUCUGCAGAACUUCACGUUGCAACCGCUGGUGGAGCCUGAGGACAUCGACCUGACCCCGCUUAGCUCAGGGCUGGGCAAUUUGCCAAGACCUUUCCAGUUAUGCGUGCAGGUUCGCUGAGUACCGCGCCCAGGGACUGCUCUGUCCCUCUUCCAGCUGGUUUCACUGUCGUGGGCCUCCAUCAGGGUCUCUACCACAUUCUCUUUCCUAACCCCUGGGCCUGGCAUAUUGGUCCUUUACCCUCCUAUCUUAAACCUGUCUUCGAGGAAAGAAUGACGUGGCAAAGGGGAAAUGCAGUCUCAGACCCCAGAACCUACUCUGUAAUGUACCCUUUCCUGGGCUUUUUGUAUCAUUUCCUAAUAAAUAUCUUGACAAUA